CGCGCCUCCCCGCCCUCUCACCCCGCUGCCUCUAGGUUCUGAGAAGAUGGCGAAGGUUUCAGAGCUUUACGAUGUCACUUGGGAAGACGAGAACAAUAAAGUACAAAGUGGUUAACUCACCCAGUAUCACACAGCUAGAAAGUGAAAGAGCUGGAAUUUGAACUCAAGGAAGAGGAAACUGGAGAAAGAAGAUGAAAAUGUAAAACUUGUGGAAAUUUGAAACACAGGAAAAGCCUUUGGAAAUGCGAGAUAAAAUGAGAAAAUGGAGAGAAGAAAACUCACGAAAUAGUGAGCAAAUUGUGGAAGUUGGAGAGGAAUUAAUUAAUGAAUAUGCUUCUAAGCUUGGAGACGAUAUUUGGAUCAUAUAUGAGCAGGUGAUGAUUGCAGCCCUAGACUAUGGUCGAGAUGACUUGGCAUUGUUUUGUCUUCAGGAGUUGAGAAGACAGUUCCCUGGAAGUCACAGGGUCAAGCGACUAACUGGAAUGAGGUUUGAAGCCAUGGAAAGAUAUGAUGAUGCUAUUCAGCUAUAUGAUCGAAUUUUACAAGAAGAUCCAACCAACACUGCUGCAAGAAAGCGUAAGAUUGCCAUUCGAAAAGCCCAGGGGAAAAAUGUGGAGGCCAUUCGGGAACUGAAUGAGUAUCUGGAACAAUUUGUUGGAGACCAAGAAGCCUGGCAUGAACUCGCAGAACUUUAUAUCAAUGAACAUGACUAUGCUAAAGCAGCCUUUUGUUUAGAGGAGCUUAUGAUGACUAAUCCACACAACCACUUAUACUCUCAGCAGUAUGCUGAAGUUAAAUAUACCCAAGGUGGACUUGAAAACCUCGAACUUUCAAGAAAGUAUUUUGCACAGGCAUUGAAACUGAACAACAGAAAUAUGAGAGCUUUGUUUGGGCUUUACAUGUCGGCAAGUCAUAUUGCUUCUAAUCCAAAAGCAAGUGCAAAAAUGAAAAAGGACAACAUGAAAUAUGCUAGUUGGGCAGCUAGUCAGAUCAACAGAGCUUAUCAGUUUGCAGGUCGCAGUAAGAAGGAAACCAAAUACUCUCUUAAGGCAGUCGAAGACAUGUUGGAAACACUGCAGAUCACCCAGUCUUAAGGUUUCAAAAACUCUUUCACAUUACAUUUCACAACUGCCAAUUGAACUUAUUGGCCUGUGAUUUAUUUACUAAAUGCCCAGUGCUAUUUAUAUACUAGUUUUCUGUUAAGAAGGCAAUUGUAAAGAAUGUGUUUAUAUAAACCCAAAAAUGCCUUUUACUGCUAAGCAGGAAGAUGGGGAAAGUCCAUGGAAGAGAGACUUAAUAAAACUCUUAUUGAUUGUACAUCAUUCUCUUCAUAUCACACAUAUAUUACUGUUUUUAAACCACAAUCUGAUGUAGAAAUAACCUUGUUAAAUAAACCAUGAUGAUUUAAUAAACUUGCA